UUAGGCUCUGACGUGGCGACCUUUUCUUUUCUCCUUUUCUUCGCAAUCAAAACCCAAGUUCUAACUAUUCCUUAACCCAUUUUCUCUUGCUCUCUUCUCCUCCUCCAAAUCCCCGUUAAUUCAACUCUCUCUCUCUCUCUCUCUCUCUCUCCCUCUCUCUCUCGUGAAUUUUUUACAGUGGUUUUCCGGUGAGUUGGAGGCGAGGGAUUGAGGAGAUUCUGUGUCUCCUGUGAUCGGAAAGCCGUUGUUUCUUCCAUACUGAUACUGUGUUUCAAUUUUAUUAUUUUUUUUUUACCGGAAAACCGUUUCUAAAGAUGGGUUCUAGGUGACUUCGUGCAAUUUUUUUUUUAUCUUUGUCUGUGGCACAGCUUGUUGUUGUUGUGGUGGUGGUUUUUAUGCGAGCAAGACACAGGCAAAUUUUUGUUCUUUUGUUUGCUUAUUGAGAAAGAGAGAUUUCGUGGUCUUUGGUCGCUCUCGAUCUGAAUCAGUGAAGCUGCCGACUCGAAUCGGAGUCCUUUGUGGUUUGACUAACGAAGCUUGAGCGCUUUUGGAUUGUUCAAUUCUAGGGUUACUGAGAAUUACGAGCUGGGACUCGUCCGGAAACCGAGAGAAAAAGUUGGGUUUUGGAUUAUUUUUGGGGUUGAUUUGUUUGGAUCAGAUGGGUCCAUAACUUUACAGAGUUGGUCCCAUAACAUCUAUGAAUAUAUUGAUUCUUCGUGCAAAAGUAGUAAGCGGAGGCAAAGAGUGCUAAGAGUGCUUUGGCCCUGUUAAGGAAACGGAGAUUUGGAGUUUUUGCAGCUAUGGCUAUUCAGGAUGAAAGUGUGGGUGCUCGUUUACAUUCUGUUCUCCAGGCCAGCAAUGGAAUAUCUUUGAGUUCUGGCCUACAUUCUGUAGCUGGCCUUCAACUAAGGGAUCAGUUUUCUUGCGGAAAUGAUUACGCUCCCAAGGUUAGGAAACCGUACACGAUCACAAAACAAAGAGAAAGAUGGUCGGAGGAAGAGCAUAAGAAGUUUCUCGAGGCUUUAAAGCUGUAUGGUCGAACUUGGCGACGGAUAGAGGAACAUGUGGGCACAAAGACUGCAGUUCAGAUUCGAAGUCAUGCUCAAAAAUUCUUCUCUAAGGUCACUCGUGACUCUAAUGGUUGUAGCACAAUCUUGGAGCCUUUUGAAAUUCCUCCUCCUCGACCAAAACGAAAGCCUAUGCAUCCUUACCCCAGGAAGCUUGUAAUUCCACCUAGAGAAACCUCCGCAACAGAACAACCAAUAAGGUCUGCAUCUCCAGAUUUCUCAGUUUCAGAACGAGACAACCAAUCUCCAACAUCAGUAUUAUCUGCAAUCGGUUCGGAUACAGUGGGUUGCACUGAUUCAGAUACACCAAGUGGUAGCUUAUCCCCUGUUUCAUCUGCAGCUGCUGUCCAAUCUGGUGGCUUAGUACCAUCUGAACUGAACCAAUCAACCGAGAGAAGUGCAUCUCCAUCACCUGCUCUAACAACUGUUGGUUCAAUUUCUGAUGAGCAAUUAUCUACGAAACUCGAUUUGUUCUCCAAAGAAAACGUGUAUGCAAAAGAAGGUGCAUCAGAGGAAGCAUCAACUCGGAGUCUUAAGCUUUUUGGAAGGACGGUAUUAGUAACCGAUUGCUACAGACCAUCUUCUCCCCCCAUAGGGACUGGCAAAUCAAUGCCCGCAGACAUGUGUGAGGAAAAAGUUGUGCAAGCAUUGCCAAGGAACUUACUGCCCGUGAAACCUAUACUGGGUAAUACAGAACGUGCUUGGAGUCAUCAUAUGCUCCAUGGAGCACAUGGUGCUCACUAUUUCGCGCAAUGCCAGCAAGAGAACUCAAAUCUGGUAGAAGCUAAUUCUGGUGCUCCUAUACCAUGGUGGACCUUUUAUGGGGGUUUACCAUUUCCUUUCCUACCAAUCCAUAAGGCGGAGCCAUCAAAAGCAUAUGUGGACUCCGAUCUAGGAGAAAUCCAAGAUAAAGAAGUUCAGAAGGAAGAGUCCUGGACUGGUUCAAACACCGGAUCAGUAAAUGAUGCGGAAAAUGGAGAUAAAUGUUCAGAGGCUGAGACCCAAAGACGUCCCUUUAUCCUUAAAAAUGAGAACCAAGAGGCACAUCUAGUUUUUCAAUUAAGACGAAGUGAAGAAUCAGCCUUCUCUGAGCUAAGAACGAGCCCUGAAAAGCGUGUGAAAGGUUUUGUACCAUACAAAAGAUGUGUGGCAGAGAGAGACUCCCUGUCCUCAACAACAACAGAUCAAGAAAGGGAAGAGAAACAAAUCCGACUUUGCUGGUAGUGUACCUCCAUUGUAGUUUACCUACAGCAGUUUCCUUUUGUUAGCAUAUACAGCUUUUGACCGGCCGAGGGACUGAUCUGGGUACAGCUUAGUGGACUGUGGCGGUUUCAGCUGCUGUGGAUGGCCUGAGGAGAAAUAAAAUUGUGGAACAACUGCCAUUUUUUGCAGCUUUGCAAAUUCUCAUCUACUUUUUUUCUCUUUUUACCUCCUACUGUUCAAAUCCAUAAGCCCAUCUCAUCUUGUAAUCAUAAUCUUCUCUUGCUUCUUCCUUGUCCUCGGCCUUAGCUUUUUUAUUCCUUCUAAUAUAUUUUUUUUCCUUCUUUGAACUAUAAAUCACUUGCUCGGUUACUAUGUUAAUCAAAACUAGCCUCUUAUGAUGUGUUAGUCUA